CUAUCUCAGGCUCCUCGCUGCAGCUGGCUUUGAAGAAAAUGGGGGAAAGCAACUAGUUAUAACAUGUCAAAAACUAGUAUGGCGGCGAUGUUAAAGGACCGGAAUCAGUUUAGCUUCGCAGGAAAAUGGCCAUGCAUGCGCCCGGUAAUAUUGAAAUUACUGAAACAAGAAGCUGUUACACAAGGGGAAUGGCAGGAUCUAUUUUAUUCAGUUCACUUGGUCUGUCUAUGGGACGACAAAGGUCCUCCCAAAUUAAGGGACACUCUCAAAGUGGACAUAAUGGAUUUCAUACAACAAGCACAGCAGAGAGUAUUGGCGCAUCAGGAAGAGCAGGCGUUGCUUAAAGCCUACAUAACUGAGUGGCGCAAAUUUUUUACCCAAUGUAAUUAUUUGCCAACACCGUUUAGGCAACUGGAGACUUCGCUUGCUGGAAAGACUAGUACACAGAAAAGGAAUCAAGCGGAGGAAAGUAUAGUUAGAAAGUUGAUGCUGGACAGUUGGAACCAGAGUAUAUUUGGAGACAUAAAACAAAGGCUACAGGAUUCAGCCAUGAAGCUGGUGCGGGCGGAAAGAAAUGGGGAGGCGUUUGAUUCGCAGUUGGUCAUUGGUGUUAGAGAAUCUUAUGUUAAUCUGUGUUCAAAUACAAUGGACAAGCUGCAAAUAUACAGAGAUAAUUUUGAGGCAUCCUACAUAAAAGCCACGGAAGAAUUUUACAAAAUAAAAGCUCCUGAGCAACUUUCUCUGCAUGGAGUAGAGACUUACAUGCGAUAUGCAGAGGUAAAGUUGAGAGAAGAAGAAUUGAGAGCUCAAAAAUAUUUGGAGCCAAAUAGUGCAAGUGUACAGUUGUUGACGGAUUGCUGUGUUUCUGUACUUGUCGCUACCUUCAAGUCAGCCAUUCUUGCCGAAUGUCCUCGCAUGAUUCAGCAUCAUGAAACAGAAAAGCUCAGACUCAUGCUCAAGUUGAUGGAUCGCGUACCAGAUGGAGUGAGUCCAAUGUUAAAAGACCUGGAAGAUCACAUAGCGAGUGCCGGUCUUGCCGAUAUGAUGGCAGCAGUCGAUGUGAUAACCCAAGACUCUGAGAAAUAUGUAGAAAGAUUGUUGGAUCUCUUUAGACGAUUUUCUACUCUGGUUAAGGAGGCUUUUGACGACGAUCCGCGAUUCCUCACAGCCAGAGACAAGGCAUAUAAAUUAGUUGUCAAUGAUUCAACUGUAUUCAGACUUGAAUUGCCUGUUAGACAAGGUACUGGUGUAACUGCUCCAGUCGUCCCAACUAAACCUGUAAACAGCAAUAAUGGACAGCCAGAAUCCAAGUGUCCUGAACUACUGGCAAAUUACUGCGAUAUGUUGCUCAGAAAAACACCGUUAAGUAAGAAACUUACUUCGGAUGAAAUCGAGAGCAAACUUCGGGACGUGCUGCUCGUGCUAAAGUACGUUCAAAACAAAGACGUAUUCAUGAGAUACCAUAAGGCUCACCUCACUCGGAGAUUGAUUCUGGAUACUUCAGCAGAUUCUGAGAAGGAAGAAAAUAUGGUGGAGUGGUUACGAGAAGUCGGCAUGCCUGCGGACUAUGUAAAUAAAUUAGCACGCAUGUUCCAAGACGUUAAAAUUUCCCAAGAUCUCAAUCAACAAUUCAAAGAACAGUGCCGCGCUACCAUUGCCGACAGCAUUAAUAUAAAGAUAUUGAAUGCUGGCGCAUGGGCAAGAGGCAGCGAGCGUGUAACUGUCAGUUUACCCCUUCAAUUAGAAGAUUACAUCCCCGAAGUUGAAGAGUUUUACAAAAAGAAGCACAGUGGCCGUAAACUGCAAUGGUAUCAUCACAUGUCAAAUGGAACGAUAACGUUUUGCAAUAAAAUGGGGCGAUUUGAUGUUGACGUGACAACAUUUCAAAUGGCUGUUCUAUUUGCUUGGAAUCAACGACCUUUCGAAAAGAUUUCAUACGAAAAUCUUCGAUUAGCAACCGAGUUACCAGAUACAGAAUUAAGGCGUACACUGUGGUCAUUGUGCGCUUUUCCUAAACUUAGACGUCAACUCCUUCUAGUCGAACCUAGCACUUACAGCCCGAAAGAAUUCGCGCAUGACACUCGUUUCUGGGUGAAUCACGAAUUUGCUAUUGUAAAAAAUGGGAAGUUGCAGAAGAGGGGGAAGAUCAAUUUGAUUGGUCGGUUACAACUGUCAACCGAACGAAGCAAAGAAGAGGACAACCAAUCUAUCGUACAGCUAAGGAUAUUGCGAGUACAGGAAGCUAUCAUUAAAAUUUUGAAAAUGCGAAAGACGAUAAAUAACGCCCAAUUGCAGACGGAAUUGGUCGAUAUAUUGAAAAAUAUGUUCCUGCCGAGUAAAAAGAUGAUCAAAGAACAAAUUGAGUGGCUAAUAGAGCACAAAUACAUUCGGAGGCAUGAGGAUGACAUCAAUACUUUUGUUUACAUGGCGUAACCAAUAACCAACACAUGUGCAAACAGAAUUUUUUAAGUAUUCAGUACUAUAUUUUUAUAUAAAGUUCAGUUUUCCUCGGUUAGAUGUGUAUGCUGACGAAUAUAACCAUGAGAUAUGACUAUGGUCCGUGUAUCUGGAAGUAAAUAAUCAACUGAUUAGGAAAGAGUCACAUACCAUAGCAGUCCAGUUAACGUAUCGUAGAAUCAAAUUAAACACUGUAAUGUAUCUAGUGGUAUAAUCGUUGCAUACGUAUCAGAUUUAGGUAAGCGUCAAGUCAACGAAUGAAUUUUUUUCUUUUUCCCCGUUUGACUUCGUCAACGUAUCGACAGCACUAGUAAUUACUUAUACAGAACGGAGGUUGACGGUAAUCUCAGUUUUACUGUUUAAACUAAAAUAUUCGGACUAAUUUCUAAGAACUGUUUGUUCUACGAUCGACCGGGCUAUUAUAUUUGUAUAGUGUAUAUAAGGACAUUAUAUUUGCUAGCCGGUUAAAGUCUCAGCGACGAACGUAUUGUUGUCAAAUCCGAGUAUCCACCUAUUUUUUCUCCUAUUUUCAUAUCUAAGUAUAGGUAUGUAUAUUGUCAGCGACAUAAUGACGUACAACGCUAUCCAAGUUCCACCGAUUUUUAUUUCUUUUUUUUCUUUUUUUUUACUGGAAGGUGGAAUAUGAAAUACGAUGUUAAUGGUAUUUUAGAGAAAAUCUUUGAGUUUUAUGCGUGUAAACUAGUGACGAAGAAAAAAUGUAUUCUACGUAAGCUGCAUCGAUUCAAAUCUGCAUAUUGUAUAAAGCCUCGGUAAUAUUUUAAAAAAUUGUACCAGAUUGUAAAAUAUAGAACUUGUGAUUCCCCAUGAAUUGGAAGCGAAAAAAAAUGGCAUUUUUCAAGACAAACUUGUGGCAUGUAUAACGUGGUAAAUGAUAUUACAUUUACCAAAUCUUUACUCAUUGAGCAUACUAUUGUUUGACAUAUCAAAUGAAAAUAAAAAUUGCAAUUCAUGAUAAUAAAGAAAGUCCUACUUCCGUUUGAAUAAUAAAUCGCUUCAAAACAUA